GUUUGCGUUAGGUGUAUCAAUUAUGAUAGUUAUAGUGUUUGGUGGCAAAGUCAGGUAAAAAUCUUGCUAAUUUAAAUUUUGAUUGCAGUUUUUUUUUAUUAUUAUUAUUAAUUUGUUUGGUUUGAUUUGAUUGGUUGCUUUGGUUUUGAUUGACUAGCUUGGUUUGAUGGGUUGACUGGUUUUGUAUGGUAUUCUUGGUUGCUUCCCUUGGUUUGUUUCUAUUUGGUUUUGAUUGAUUUGGUUUAGGUGUUUGACGUGGAGGGUUUGAUUGCUUGUUUGAUUUGUUUUGUCUGCUUUGGUGUCUGAUUGUUUGUCUGUGUGGUUUUAUGUGGUUGGCUAGUUCAUUUGGUUCUGUUUGGUGUUCGCUGCUUUUGGUUGUUUUGUCGCUUGGUUUUGUUUGAUUGAGCUGGUUGAUUGGUUGGUUUGGCUUACUUGAGUUUAGUUUGGUUUUGUUGUUGUUUUUGUUGUUGUUUUGCUGUAUAUUUGGUUAUUUGUUGUUAUUGUUAAUUGAUUAUUUGGUUAAUUUGCGCUGCUUGACUUUGUUCAUGUAUUUUUUCCCUUCUUUUGAUCGAUUGGUGUGGUUGGUUGGUUAACUGGUUUGUUGGCUUGUUGGUUGAUUUGUUCAGCUUGUUUUUGGUCAGUUUGGUCCCUUUUUUGAUCAGAUAGUUGGUUGGUUUGUUGGUGGGUUUGCUGCCUGGUUGAUUCUUUAAUUGAUAAGUUGGUUAUUUAAUUACUUAUUAGAGGGCUAAUGUUACCGUGGUUGGAGCUGGCUACCUGCUCCUCUUUAUCUCUAGUCUUUAUCCUAUAUGCUACGUUUAUCAGCUGCUGCUGGUUAACUGAUUUAACUGUAAAAUUUUGAGAGCUUUAUCAAUGCCCUCAUCUUAAUCAAUGAGCUUGCAAAUAUGUAAACCUAUUCAUUUUACAAUCGCCCCUGACAAAACAUUUGUUUGAUCUGUAACAUGAUAAUACAUUUUGCAUGGCCUGAAAGAUGUACUUGCAGUAUUUACUAAUGUGUCAGAGGAAUCCUAAAACUGAAAUGUCAUAUUUGCAUGUCAGGUUGAACACGGGCUGAAUAAAUGACUUGAACACAAAGAGACAGAGGGAGAAAGAAGAUGGCCUGACUCCUUAAAGACAUGGAAUAUUGAGUUUUUGAAGGCAAGCGGUCUCACACCAGAGAAAUAUUCUGUGUAGCUGAGCUCCACCACAGUGUAAUUUGCCUCUGAUUUCUAAUCUUUGUAGAAGAAUGUGAGUCUAAGUGCCUUCCACAAAUGCAGACUAUCAUGACAUUUCUUCAGGCACAUUAUGGACCAGAGUGAUUAGAGAACUAAAAAUGCAAAGGCAUCCCUUGAAACUGAAUGCAUUUACAAUCCCAUUAAAUAUGGAAUUGUGUCUGUGGGCCAACAGUAAAUUUGAAAUAUCUUUCCCUGCAACAGUUUCUUUUUUCAUACAUUUUCUGUUUGCUGCUCCCUCCCUUCCUUCACUCACUUGGUAAAUCUGUUUGGGGCUGUGAAUAAUUUGCCAGUAACUUGCAUGGAAACAGUUGCACCCGGUACAAUUAUAUAGCAUUAAUCAUAAAAAUGCUAUCAUGGUCUUCCAUCAGCAUCAUACAGACAUUUGAGGAACUGAGGAAUCCGACAGUCCGUUGCUUUCAUCAUGGAUGAAAAACAGCUUUAGAAAUUGCCACUAAGAUGUAAAAAUCAAAUAUUAAUAUAAAACGUAGCUUGAAUACAGAGUGUGGGAUACAGAAUAGUCCUCCUGUGGAAGUGACCUUGAGCUCUUGUAUUAGAAUUUUUUUAAGUAUCAUAUUCUGCUCUCUAUGUUAUUAUCCUUUUUAGAAUGUAGAGCACUGCUUAUCUGAAACUAGGAUAUUCAUGCAGCUUGAAUUGUUGGAAGGUCAUAACAAGUAGAGAAUCCUGUAGAAAAGAAAAAAAAACUCAAUUCAUUAUAUGUUCACUAUCUCCAAAUAAUACAAUUAGAAAUACUAUGCAAAUUAAGCUCCAACAAACUGAGGACCUCGAACAUGACAAUGAAAAAAACAACCAUCUGCUGAACAACCCUCCUCAACCAUUAACGACCAUUUACUUAUAAUAAAUUCACAUAAACUCCUCCGCGCCCCAGUUUAACUUAAUGCUGCGUUGUAGUGCGAUAAUCCAUCUAUCAGCGCAGCCAUUUGACCUGGUUUAAUGUAAUCCAAAGAGAAUCGCCCACACUGCAUCCAUGAUCACCUCUGUUCUCAUUAAAGUGAAGAUCAGCCUACGUAACAUGUGGCUCUAAAUUGAGCGGAAAGAAGAAACAACUGUUUAUCAAACUGUUUAAUGAACCAUCCUGCGUGUUUUUUUUUUUCUUUCAGUCAUUCCUCUGCUACAUUAAAACUAAAUUAUACUGUUAUUGUGCAACUUCAGCAAUAAAACUCUGACACCGGCAGUUAUGAAAAGUAUACAAUUGUCUUUCUUUUUCAUUAUACUUAUGGGAAUUGGGAAUAAUAGCAACUGUGACAGGGAACUGUUUAUUGCAGGUAUUUGUGUCUUAAGACUAAACACUUCAAUGUAGCGUCUCAAUUGUAAGCCUCUAACAAAAAUAACAGGAUGAUAGGACCAAUAUUUUAGCAAACACCUGAUCCCCAUGAAGCCAGUAGCAGUUUAAAUAAAGAGGCAACUUCUGGUUUUGGGAAAAGAAGCAGGAGAGCUAAAAUCUGCAGUUCCUGGGCGUCCAAUUGAUGCCAGUUCCAAAUGCCAAGGAAACCCCAUGGAGGCCCAUUUAAAAAAUCCAAUUUGUAUAACAGAAUUACACGUUUACAGACUUAUUCUGUUUUAGCCCCAAUACCUCAUUUUUAACAAGUGCAGAUAUUGAAAAACACAAUGAACAAAUUAAAAGUAAUGCAAAACAUUAUAAAUUAGCAACAUGAUAAUGAUAAAAUGCAACAUACAAGAAAAUAAACAGGAUUGUAUUUUGUGUAAUAUAAGGGUCUUAAGAUACAGUAAAUUACUGUACAAUAUAGUAAUAUAAUUACUAUAUUAUCGUAUUAAUAAGAUACUGUAUGUGUGAAAACAACUAGCAUCUGUGUAAGGAAAAAAAAAGAGAUAUGUGGGUUGUCCUUCUGGACCUGAUGGAGUCUUGCAGCCGUAUUUUGGUGAUCAGUAAACAGCCAACAAAGGAUUUAUUUAGGCAGGUGAAAAGGGAAGUACGGUAAGUGGGCAGGAAAGGCACAAAAGCAUGAACCAGCAUUUCUAAUUCAGCUUGUGAGAAAACAGACUGAAGAUUUGUAAUGUUUCUCUUAUGAGGGAAACAUACACAGAUUAAUGAUCUGAUAUGCUGGGCAGAAAGCAUUCAUAAUGAGAAAUGACACUGAGAUUUCGGAGAUAUGUUCUUACCAAUACAUGACCACAGGGGGGAAUUUAUGAUCUUAUCUGUUUUGAUUAUGUUACGGCAGGGUUUGGGGGGUGAGGGGUGGAUUAGGCAUAACUUGUGGUGUAGCUGAUUUGACUGGCAGGUGAGUGUUGUUGCUGUUUACCAGGCUAUUGCCUCAACUCUCUGUCUUAAUUGGCUGAAUGUUAGUUAAAGUCAACAUUUCUAGUAUGGCGACUGCCCUAUAGUGCCAUUCCCAAAACCAGACCUGUACUGUCACCAAGACUAAACACAUGUCUAAUACAGCCUGUAAAUCUGGUUAAUUCUCAGUUAUGUCAGUGUACCUGAUGUCCAAUAUUGCACUGCUUUAUCUCAGUUUUAGUUUCUAACACCUUCUGAAAAAAAAAAAAAAAACUAUUAGCUCCUAAAGGCUUCAGCAUGUUCAUUAGCUAGUGGCUAACUAUCUGUUUUGCUGUAUUUUGCUGCCAUUGUGUUGUCUUAACAGAUGCCCGUUUGGAAAUGACACAGUGAAGAGCAGUGAUUAAAAGACUGUGGGACAUCAUACCCAAUACAGAGAGCCAGAAAAUGCCAAAUUAAAAGUGUUGGGAAUAAAAAAUGAGGCGAUGACCCAAGUUGGAUUGUCGUUGAACAGUUUAUUUAGUGCAUGAUCAUGGAGUCAACACUGCGGCUUUAACUGUAUUUUGUUCUCACAUUAUUCCCCUGAGUGUCCAGUUAACCCAGCUAUUUUUCUCUCUAUUAUGCUCCUAGUGAGGCAGCUCCAAAUUUAGCCGUGUAAUGACAAAAAAGUGGAAAAAAACAUCAAAUAUGCAAAUGGACUCAGGUGCAAGUAGCAGAAAAACUGUAAAAAAAAGCCCAACUAUUUUUUUCUUUUACUCAGACUGAUUUUAUCUUAUGCUGCAAAUCAGUGAUGUAGCUACGCAUAAGUAUUGCAGUGAUAAAAAGACAAAAAAAGGGAGACAACAGAGUUUCAUGCUCUAUUAGCCUGACAGAAAAACACAAUUCAAUUUCAGGAAAUGUGUUUGGAUUAUGGGCUUGAAGUCCAUUUGUAUAUUUAGUGGAUAAUUUUACAAAUUACAUUUAACAAUGUGCUUCAAGAAAUGUUGGCUGCCUUGUUGUGAAUCUAAUUAGGGAAUUAGAAAAAUCAUCCCUCAUUCACAGCAAGAGAAAUUUUAAUAAUUAUUCCUCAUCCAACACAUCAAUAAACACAGUUUAUUCCCAAAUAUGGAGACUCACACUUUUCAUGAACAAAUCUGUCACAGUUAUUUCUCUAUUAGUGAGAAAGUUUACCAGACAAAUGCCAUUGUACCUUUGUUGUUUACUGCAGCCUCUCUCUUUCAAUGUGUCUCUGCGGGCUUUGGGGAUCAUUAUAGCUAUUGUUGGAGUUAUUGUUCCAGAUCAUUGUUAGUGCUUUAGCAGCGGCACACUCUAGUCUCUUAGGCUGACUAAUAAACCGUUCUGAGCAAAGUACACACAAUGUUUUCAUCUCUAACCUCCAUGACCUCUUCAGUUGCACAGUAUGGGCAAGUUGGGAGUAAAUAAUCAGAGAUAGAAAGUGAGCAGAAGCUUCAAAGGAGAGACCCGGAUACUGUUUUUUUUUUGCUCUAGGUUUCUCAAUAAUCCUGUCGUCUCCAUAGCAGCAGAAAUAGAGAAAAAAAAAGUGAACACCGUAAUUAAAUGAACAAACAUAUUUAGUUUAAAUCUUUGGCAAAGAUAUAGAUUUUAUUUUUACUUUUAUGACCAUAAUAGUAUUUGCACUGAAAAUUCAAUGUGGCAGAUUAGAAGAAUAAUAUGUACAGUGACAACCCUGCACUAAUACGACUAAAGAGGAUUCAAUUCAAUCCAUAAGCCAGAGAAGUGUAGACUCAAUAUUAUACAUAAAGAUAACAUACAGUGAGCUGGUGUCACCUGCAGGCAAUACACAAUCCUGUUUAUUUCCUGCUACCAACUGAAGAUGCAAAUAACUUCACAGUGAGUAUUGAUGUACGAUUGAUGUAAAAUCGGUUCAUUCAUACUGCUAAAAAUAGUCUCUCAGAAUUGAUGGCUGGCUUCUCUGGCAGCGUGGUAUUCUUAACUUGGGGGUUAAAUUAACAUUAAAGCUCCUGUGAGAUGAUUUUUAAUAUUAAUGAACUAGCCUGACAGUUAUAUUUAUGACUUUUUACAAAAGCAAACAAGACCAUCAGCUACAAAACUGACAAUUUCUAUGCUGUCAUUUUAAAGUUUAAACCCAGUUUGAGGGGGUAGGCGUCAGAGAAGCAGCUGAGGAAGCAGUCCUGUUGUCACUGUUCAAGCAUUUCGAGGACAAGGACUGCUUUGUCCACAGGGGGGCACCAAAACUGACACAAACCUAAGUUACUAACAGGAGCUUUAAAUGUAAUAUUUUUAUUCACAUUGAAGUUUUAGGAUUAGCCUUGGUUACUGUUAUAAAUGAAUCACAUAAAACUAAAUCUGAUUUGUUCUUCAGCAAUAAAACUGAAAGCACUUGAAGUUUCACUGCCAACAGCAAGAAAUGUAAUAUGCUGGUUUCAGUGGAUUGAUUUGAUAUAAUGUGCGCGAUAUGGUUGUCCUCAGCACCGCUCUUAUAAUUUAGAAUAGCUUACUGUUGUUGUAUUGAUCAAUCAGAGUCAAGUAUCAGACAAGGUUACAGAUAAGAAAGCCAGGUAUUUGUAGAAAAAUAAUAGACAGCGGAACACGUGCUUCUGAAAACUAUUGGUAUUCUGUUAACACACCCUUUACCCUUGAGGGAGGAAUUUCCAAAGGAUUUUAGGACCUGGCAGCAGGGAUUUGCUCCUAUUGAGGCGAAAAGGCACAAGAGCAUUAGUGAGGACUUUCAUGAUAAUGAUGUUUGGUUGGCAAACACUCAUCCAAAGAGGUCGAAUAAGAAUGAGGCUACAGUCAAGCCUCUCCAACCAACUGUUAACACCAUGCCUUUAUUGACUUCUUUAUUGUUAACAUCGGGCGGUGUCACAUUAAAACACAAAAACUGACACUAUUGACUUACUGUAAGGCUUCCCUGGAACAACUAGCAGGGGCGCUGGUUAAUUCCACAUAUCUGUGCUUUAACUGUCAGAGAUAUAAAAGGAGAUGUUGCAGCUUUUUGACCCGUGUUGUAUGCAAUAGUGGUGAAUUUGAUCAUGUUUAAACACAAAUGCUGUAAUGUUCAUAAAUGGUCAAACCUCUAUGCUAGUAUUUGAGAAGUGGGACCUAAACAGUUUAGAAAGCAUUAAAUUGGAUAGAAAAUCAGCAUUUUGACCGGUGUUGUAUCCAAUAGUGGUGAAUUUGACAAUGUUUAAACACAAAUACUUUAAAUGAUCAAGGCUUGAUGCUAGUAUUUGAGGGGCUAAACAUAAACAGACAGCAUUGAAUUGUAUAAAAGAAAUCAGUUCCCCUCACUGUUAGGCACAAGAUGAAUGACAGAGGUCGAGGAGUAUGCAGUUUAUCCAUGAAACAGCUAACGUUAAAAUAUCACUGAGACCACCUUUAGGUAGUUGUUGUGUUUCUUUAAUCUUCGGGUGGCCAUAUUCGCCAUCAGAUGAUUAAAGAAACCUUUAAUUUGAUUUCACUGGAAUGUUACGUGUAAUUUCAUGCUGUGACUUUGAGAUCUUUCUCAGCUGGAACUAAUGAGCUUAGUCUCAAACAGCCCCAAACAAAAAAGUGCAAAAACUAGUAACCUUCGCAUAAGGAAGCCUGUAUCUGUGGAGAAGGACAUUCACACAAUUUUACUCAUAAAUCAUGGAUCAUGGCCAUGCUGCAGACUUACAGCUGUAAAGUAACUGGCUGAUGUUUAUCACUGAGUGUGACUUGAAUGAUUUGAAAUUCAUACCAAUGCCUUCAAGUGCGGGGGGUUGUCAAAACCCAGGAGACAAACAUGAAUAAUUAGCCUACACAUGUACUGUGUGUUUUCCAUAAACAAGGAGGGAGGCAAAUGUUAGCAGAUCUGCUCUGUUUUAUUGAGCACAGAGAUGAUAAGGAAAAAUAGAAACUAGGCGAUAUCAAUUAAUCGAUCAGCCAUCAAUCCUGCUCAGAGAGGCUGUGGAUGAUUUCACGCUGAAUGUGUCUCUAGAUAAUGAAGCUGCUCUAAAUGAGGUGCGCCCUCUACAAAAGCAGCACAGCUCACCAAAAUAAAACAUUUGAGCUUGCCUGGUGAGUGCGUGAGGGCGCGCGUAAAUACACACCUUCUCUCCGCUGGGAAGACAAUAAACUACACAUCAAAAGAAGAAGAAAUAGGCUUUUGCUAAAUACAGCCAUCACUGUAAUGGCUGUAAUAAAGCGAUAAAGGGUGCGAGAACUAUCUCCAAGCUAUGGCAUAUCUCUCUGCCCCAUUUUUUUUUUUCUUCUUUCUUUUUUUUUUCAUUUUCUUUUUUUACUUCUCUCACUCUCAAAACAGGCUUAGAGCUUCUUUUCUCCCAGCAUAAGGGGGGUACUUUUAAUUCUAAAGCGAGGGAUUGGUCACACUUCGUCUCAUUAGCAUGAGGAGCUGUAUAAACCCCGCCACUGCAGAAUUUUGAGCUGUGUUGAAGGCGAGGCAACAAGCGUGUCUGACUGUCUGUCUGCCUGCCUGCCUGCCUGCGCGCACCGAGCAGCGAGGAGUAACUUUCACUUCAGCACAGUUCAGUUCAGAGGCGCGCACGGGGCUUGUAUGGAGAGCUCACUCCAGAGGUGAAAGCGGUCUGUUCGGCGCACAAUGAGGCUGCUCUCAAAGGGGGAGAAGAUGUUAAAAGGCAGAUUUACAACUCACUGCCACCGGUGGAUUUUUAUAGUCUUAUUUUAUCAGUUUUUAUUUGCGUCACUGGCUCGGUCCGAGGGAAAUACUGUUCGAUACCAGACCAAUGAGGAGGACGCGCCAGGUACAGUCAUCGGAAACCUUGCCAAGGACAUGUCCUUGAGUCUGUCUCACUCCUCCAAGACCAAUUUCAGGAUGAUGAAACAAUUCAACGACUCAUUCAUUAGGGUGCGAGAAAGUGACGGCCAGCUCUCAGUCGGGGAGCGAAUUGACAGGGAGCGAAUUUGCAGACACACUCAUCAGUGUCUCAUCACUUUUGACGUGGUUAAUUUCUCCAAAGAUCGCUAUAAAUUAAUCCACGUACAAGUGGAGGUGAAGGACAUCAAUGACAACUCUCCGGAGUUCCCAAACAAGGAAUCUAUAGUGGAGAUCUCUGAGAAUGCAGCCGUGGGGUCCCGUAUUCCUCUGGACCCAGCUGUGGACGCGGAUGUGGGUUCAAACUACAUCCAGAGCUACCAGAUAUCUGUCAACAGUCACUUCACCAUUGAUGUGCUCCUGAGAGCGGAUGGGGUUAAAUAUGCGGAAUUGGUACUAAUGAAGGAGCUAGACAGGGAGACUCAGUCAUUAUACACAGUGGAGCUGGUGGCCACAGACGGAGGGAACCCUUUCAGAUCGGGGUCAACAAAGAUAACUAUCAGAGUGACUGACUUUAACGACAAUAGUCCUGUUUUUGACCAAAAUAGUUUCUCUGUCAGUUUGCCCGAGGACGCACAGGUUGGCACUGUGAUCCUGGACCUUAACGCAGUGGAUGCAGACGAGGGUUCAAACGGAGAGGUCGUGUACGGGUUCGGGAAACAGGUCUCUCAUGAGAUCCGAGAACUUUUCCAUGUGGAUAAUAAAUCAGGGCGCUUGACGCUCAAAAGCCCCGUGGAUUUCGAGGACAAAAGCACCUACGAGCUAGACGUGCAGGCGACCGAUCUGGGCGCAAACCCGACCCCUUCCGUGUGCAAAAUCAUCAUUCACGUAUCGGACGUUAAUGACAAUGCCCCAGAAAUCAGCAUCACCCCCAUGACCUCCAUUACGACGGGCGUUGCGCACAUCAGCGAGGCGGCAGACAAGGACAGUCUGGUGGCGCUGAUCAGCACCCUGGACAGAGACUCGGGUGUGAACAGCCAGGUUCACUGCACACUGUACGGCCACGAUCACUUUAAACUACGGCAAGCAUACGAGGACAGCUACAUGAUAGUCACAGCUGCAGCCUUAGACAGGGAGAGGAUUAGUGAGUAUAACCUGACAGUCAUGGCUGAGGAUUUCGGGUCACCUCCGCUGAGAAAGAUCACCCAGUUCACCAUAAGAGUCAGCGAUGAGAAUGACAACGCCCCCCACUUCACUAAAUCUGUGUAUGAAGUUUCAGUGGUGGAAAAUAACCCCCCGGGAGCUUAUAUCACCACAGUAGAAGCGAAGGAUGCUGAUUUGGGCAAUAAUGGGAAAAUCACAUACAGGCUGGUGGAUGGGGUUAUAAUGGGGUCUCCUGUGAACACUUUUGUCUCUUUAAAUUCAGUUUCAGGCUCUAUAUAUGCACUGAGAAGCUUUAAUUAUGAAGUGAUGAAACUGCUAGACAUACACGUCCAGGCGAGCGAUGGGGGGUCACCACAGCUGCAGAGCACAGCUGUCAUCAGACUCAAAAUAGUCGAUCAGAAUGACAACCAGCCUUCUAUCAUCCAGCCGCCCCUUUACAAAGGAUCUGCCGAGGUUUUCCUGCCUAAGGAUGCACCUGCAGGUUAUGUGGUGACACAGAUAAAGGCCACAGAUGCUGACGAGGGCGUCAACGCGCAGCUGUCUUAUAAAUUCACAGAGGGGGGACACCUGGGCUUCUCCAUCAACAAAGACACAGGGAAGGUGCACGUGAGCAGGCAGCUGACAUAUGAUCUCACAGAUAAUGUCAAAGUAACUGUGGCGGUCAGCGACAAUGGAUCCCCAGCACUCACCUCCACAGCCAUUAUACACUUCAGCUUCAUUGAAGGAGCCUUACCCAGCAUGCCUUCCUUGGCUCAAAAUGGCAGUGAGGAGGUCUUUGAAUGGGACAUGUCCAUAGCCAUCAUCAUCGUCCUGGCGGGGAGCUGCUCCCUCCUCCUGCUGGCGAUCAUUCUCAUCACCACCAUUUGCAGCCGGCGGAAAAAAGAGAGCAGGGAGGGGGGGUUUGAUGAAAAAGAAGAUGCACCAAAUGUGGAGAAAGUGGAGAGCGGUCACAUUGAUUCAUUGAUUGCCAACCACAAAGGCAAAGUGUUUGAUGCCCAUCCAUUUCCAGAGAAACCUCCAUUGGCCAGCAGCAACACAACAGAGGCAAGCUGUGAGGAUGGCAGACCAACAGCAGGCAUCUUUGAGCCCAACAGCAGAACCAUGGAGGGGAAAUUAAAGGUAAAAUCGGUACUUAUUUUCUUUUCACACAUGCUUUAAGUUUGUUCCAUUCCUCACGUUGCAUCCUGACUCAAAAUUCACGUUGAAUGUCUUUCCUUUUGUGAACCUUUCAGGGUUAUUCCACGCUACCAGGAUAUGGGAAAGAAACAGUGAGACCGAUAACGAUAUGGAAGGGUAAUUCAUUCACCACUAUCUCAGCCAGAGAUCCACACAUCAGCGGCAAGGACAGCGGAAAGGGAGACAGCGACUUCAAUGACAGUGAUUCGGAUAUAAGUGGGGAUGUACAUAAAAAGGAGUCUCCACCUAUGAACAGUGAGUGUCAAAAAACAAUGAACACAACUUAAUUCAAUAGAAAUUCACUGAGGAAAAAGGAAGGUUUUGUCCAAUCCGAGCCAUGAGGAGAGUGUUUAUAAUGAACAUAAUCUUCAAAUUUUGCUUUUCUGCAGGUCUAUGGGCGUGCACAAGCGAGUGCAAAGUCCUGGGACACUCAGAUCGAUGCUGGAGCCCUUCAGCUACAAGGCCUAACACGAGCAUGGCCUGUGCACCGCAUCUGUCAACAUUCUCCAAAACUGCAUCACUUCCCCGGGACAGCAGAAGGGAAAACUACUACCCGGCUCACUUACCCAAAACCAAUGGGCUGCAGAGCGUCUAUGAAAAAGUCCAACACCAGGAGUUUGAUUAUAUUCUUGUCGGUCCUCCAACACCGGCUCGAAUACAGGAAACGGAUGAGAUGUCCAUCCCAGAGUACACAAACUCUUAAAAAGUCCUUCACAAAGGGGAUUAUGUCUUUAUACUGUACAGUACUUUUAUGUUCAUGACUCUAUCAUGUUGGAUCGUUGCAGUGUUUUUGUAGUAUGUCGUGUCUUUGGGCUCAUAUACGACUGUUCAUUGUAUCAUGUGUAAUAUGCAAGAUUUUGUACAUUAAUAAUAUAUUUUUCUUAAUGAUUCUCAUGUAAAGAAUUUUAUUAUGACUUUUCAAGAGCAUGUGUUACUAUUUAAAGGGCAUGACCAAUGGACAUUUCGCCUGUGAGGGGCUGUGGAAAAACAAUCAAUAUGAAAGAUUACCAUGUUUGUGGUAGAUUUUGUCACAUUGUUGCACAAAUAAACAGUUAAAAAGCUGA